AUUUAUGUUGUUGCUGUCCGGUAGCCAAGCAGGAGUGUAUUAUGGCGGAUCCACCAAACGGAAUUUUCUUCGACGAACUCUCGAAAGUCAGGGUUUUGGAGCCUGAAAUCAGCCAACAGACACAGGAACUUAGAGGAGAAUGUAAAGAAUUUGUUGAAAAAAUUGAUGAUUUCCAAAAGAUUGUUGGUGGAUUCUUAGAAAUGGUCGACUCUCUUGCAAAAGAAGUUGAAAGUGAGAAAAUGAAAACAAUUGGAAUGCGAAACCAGCUUGAGUCAAUGACAAAGCAAAGAGAGGCGCAGCAACAACAGCUUAGAGCUUUGAUAGCUGAAAAGCAUACACAGAUGGAAAGAUUUAGAAUUCAACUGGACUUUCUUCAAAAGCAAGAAGCUGAACAAAAUGAAUUCAUAGAACAGUUUAUGAUGCAGAAGUAGCCAAGGCCAACUGCUGUAGUUACAUUCUCAAUAUUGGUAUGAAAUCUUAGUUGACUAACAUUUUGUUUUAAUCUUACCUACAGCGCAAAGGUGAGAAGUGUUUAUUGGUGUCACGUAAAAGUUCUUUAUUAUAUUAAUAUUGUAUAAAUAUAUAAAAGGUAUUAUAGUCACAUUGUGGAUGUAAAGGUGUGAAGGCAAUAGCACUCAGUGAUGAUAUCAUAAAACAUGUUUUAAUCAUUUUUUAAUUUUGACCAAAUAACCAGAAAAACAUUAUGAAAUAUAAGCAUAUGGCAUUAAAUUUCCGACAUGUUUAGCGGCACUUCUUGCUGUUCUUUUAGGUUUUGUGGUUAGAAGUAAAAAAAUUGUAGAGAUAUAUUCCUUUUAUGACUUCCCGUAAGAACUGUUGAACAUGUUAAGUUGAAUAACCAUUCCUGGUUAGCUGCUUAUUUCUAGUCUGCUUUGUCGUAAGCUUGCACAGGAACCUUUUCUAGCCUUUGCUUGUUUUUCAAUUGUGGGCUGAAAGGGGUAUUGGCUUCAAAUCAAGAGUUAGUUAAUCAAUAAUUCUAAAAACUAUAUUAUCUAAUUACGCUCAGGAUAAACCUAACUGACAGAAAAUGUUUAAGAAUAAAUCUAACUGACGAAAAAUGUUUAAGAAUAAAUCUAACUGUUGCAUCAUGGAAGUUGCCACAAUGUGCUUGUAGAUUCUUGUAUGCAAGCUUCUUUGGGAUUACUUUGAUUGUGCCAUGUACAUUGCUUCCUGGAGAUCUGAGAUCUGAUCUUGGGGCCAGUGAGACACAUGCAAAGUACCAAACUUACUUUCCUAGUCUCUUUGCCAAAUUCACAUGAAGUUGGUCCCACAACAAAUCUCUCUCCCAAAAUUUUGUAAAUUUCGAACCACUCUACCCUCUUCUUGCUUGCUAUACUCCUAUAAUUCUUGACUUUUCUAAAUGCUUCUGAGCCUUUUCCUAACAUUACUCACUGGAGAAAUUUUACAUCUAUCCGUCUGGUAAUUUUUGCUCCAUAAUUCAAGCAUUUUCAGUUAGACCUAAUCAAAAUUUUUAAGCUACAAUGACUGCGAAAUGUAGUUGGAACACCCAGCAAAUUGUGUUGCAUUUUAUAUCUUUCAUUUUUAUAUCAAAAAUUACUACUCCCGCCCCUUACCCCUAGAACAUGGAUCCGUUGGGAGAGGGGCAUGUUGAUCUUGACUUUGCAAACUGAUGUCAGUGUUCCAAGACUUUUGACAGGCAUUGUACCUUAUUCAAAAGCUUAGCAUCGAUACUCUUGUUUUGGUUUUUUAAUUGUGGCACAGACUUGACCAGUAUUGCAAGGUCCUUUGCUACAUUAUGCAAAACUCUACAUUCUGAUUGUCUAAAGUAUACUAUAGCUGUUGAAUGUAAACUGCAUACUUUUUUUGUCCGACUUGAAGAAACAUCUCUGACAUCAAAGGAAUCUGAGAAAAUGAUAUUUUUAAUCCUUUAAAGGAGAACUGAUGUGCUUUGACAAAGUUCCGUUAAACGGUGCAAAUGAGCUUCUGGAUUGAAUCUUUCUUUAUCAACAGCAGAAAAUUUUCUGCCCUUCACGAAUUUCUGCUCUAUUCAUCAUGUUCGCCUUAGCUUUACAUCGCCGUGAAAAGCUUUAUUGACAGAAUGAAACAAGAAUGAUGCUCAAAGGGUUAUGAACCUUUGAGGGACACAUUUUUGGAAAUUUCACUUUUAUACUGAUGCAUUAGCAGAAGCCAUGCCUACGUAGAAGUUUGCACAAAAUACUCUGAAUAAAAUCUUUAUUG